AUGCAUAGGCCGCUGCCCCGCUCCUGCUCUCGGGUCGCAGGUCUGGCAGGCCUUGCCCCCACCUCGAGAAGAGCCCUGCUUUUCCAAACGGGAGACACCGAGCCCCUGGCUGACAGCGAUCCUGCUUCCCGCCCAAAGGUGGCUGGUUUGGCUGCCGAGUUCCCCGAAAAUUGGUUCCGCGUGUUGCCGACAUCAGGCCCGAACGUUUGCUCAGCACACAGCCGUGAGGGCCCUCCGGGGAGGCUGAAAUCCCACACCGCCCGCCAUCCGCCCCCAGCCGCAGCCUGCCAAGCCGCUGUCCGCAGCCAGCUCCCGGCCAAGCGCCGGCAGCGCGGGGCGCGAGCGCAGGGCCUGAUCCCCGCGACCCCGCCCGGGCCGCCCGGCCCCCCAGGCGGGGGCCCUCUCGCCACCUGGCGGCUGCCUGCGGAACUGCACCGCCAUGGCAGCCUUGUGGCCCGGGACCCGGAGGGCUCGAUCCAUCCCAGAGGCUCCGCCCAUUCCAGGAACUCCCAGGAUCUGGCACUGUCUGACUUCCGGCUCUUCCCCAAGGUCAGAAUGACCACAACAGGAAAGGAUUCUGAGUCAAUUCAAGACAUGGAAGCAACUGUAACAGAGCAACUAAAGACCCUAAAGAAAGAGAACUUCCGGAACUGCUUCAGAAAGUGGGAAGAAUGGCUGCCCAGAGGGCAUCGAGCUUCCUGUCGUGAGAGGUGCUGCCUGAGACUGAGUGGUCAAGCGUGGAAGCAGAGUUGGAGCUGAGCAGUGAUGCUUGCCUGGUCAGUACGAUUAUUCCUGUGCCAA